AUGGUUGAAACAUCGAAUCUUGAAAUGUAUGACAGGGAUACUGCUGGGCAGGAAAGGUUCAGGAGUCUCAUUCCAAGCUAUAUCAGGGAUUCCUCUGUGGCGGUCAUUGUAUUCGAUGUUGCAAGCAGACAGUCAUUCUUAAACACUUCCAAAUGGAUUGAAGAGGUUCGCACAGAGCGUGGAAGUGAUGUUAUCAUUGUACUUGUUGGCAACAAAACAGAUCUUGUGGAAAAAAGGCAAGUUUCUAUAGAGGAAGGAGAAGCCAAAGCUCGUGAGCUCAAUGUUAUGUUUAUUGAAACUAGUGCCAAGGCUGGCUUCAAUAUAAAGGCACUGUUUCGGAAGAUUGCAGCAGCCUUACCUGGAAUGGAAACACUUUCUUCGACCAAGCAAGAAGACAUGGUUGACGUCAAUCUCAAGUCAAGCAAUGCGGCAGGGACGCAGUCACAACCAGCGUCAAGCGGAUGUGCUUGUUGAUACACAGCUUGGAUCUAUCGAAGCUCCAACUUUGUUGCUGGAUUUCCUUGAUGCGUUUCUAAUCAUAUCAGGUGUCUGUAAAGUUCUAGCUGUCCCUUUUUGUAGCGUCGGACUUUUUUGUUUGGUUGAUUGUUAAAAGAUUUAGGCCCCAUUUGGCUACGUUUUACGAAAAUUAAUGGAACUACUCAGGAACUCUGAAAAGCGAUUGUGUGCC